CUUGAUUGGGCCUACAGGAUAUCCUAUUUCUCACUUAUGUUAUGCUGAUGAUAUCCUAAUUUUUCUGAAUGGGGAUGCUAGAUCUAUUCAGAGAUUUAAAAACUUCUUGGGUAUAUAUCAAAGGACUUCUGGUCAGGCUAUCAACUUUGGAAAAAGUAAUUUUUGUUGUGGGAAAACCUCCCUGGCUAGAAUUAGGAAUUUGGAGAGGCUCUUUGGUCUGACUAAGAUCAAUUUGCCCAUGAAAUAUCUUGGAUCCAACCUGCACAAAGGAAUAAAUAGAAAGAGCUAUUGUCAACAUAUCCUGGAAGCUUUUGACAAUAAGCUGACAACCUGGAAACAAAAACAUCUAUCUUUUGGGGGAAGAUUGGUGUUGGUUAAGCAUGUACUUAAUACUAUUCCUCUUCAUCUAUUGGCAGUAGAUACUUUUCCCAAAAA